GCGAAGAUCCUGACCGACUCAGCUCCGGUCCGUGACUCAAGAAGGGGCCGCUAGAGCCCUAUCGAUGGAGUCCCUUCACGCUGGCACCCUCUCAUUCGUCCACUCGGUCAUGGCCGGCAGGGAUCCCAUGCCCCGGGUAGGGCCAGUGCAGUUUUGAUAGGCUCAUGGGCCGGCUUCCAGACGUGCUCGGAACGAGCUGAGCUGGGGGGAAGUGGUACAUAAAUAUCCUCGUUUCCUCCGUCGAUCUUGGGUUCCUCCUCGUGAUUUCGUCUUAUUCCACUCCUCUUCUCUACACAGUAUACCACUUCACCAGACAUGGACAACUACAACCAGACUUCCACCCAACCAACCUUCCACUACCACCCACACACCCUCAAACGGGCCCUUUCUCAAUCCACCACAUCCUCCACCUCAUCCACGACCACAACUCCAUCUUCUCCCAAUACCCACGGUUCAAAGACAAAACCCCGCAAAGCAAGCCGUCUCUCCAGCGUGAAAGACUUUCUUCACUCGCGUUCCAACUCUCCAACUCCUUCAGACUGCUCCUCUCCAGUCCCCACCUUCGACAUCCCUCGAAGCAUUCCUUCCAACUCUGAUCAUCGCUCAACAAGCCCUACCGCCAUGUCUCACAGAGUCUCCUCUGAUGGCGACAGCCACAGCGCAAGCCACAAGCGCUCAACCUCCUCCGCAUAUGCCCGCAGAAGCGGCGAUGACUACCGCCGCUACAGCGGGACUGUCAACCAUUACGGUCGUCACUCGAACGACUGGUUGUUCGGUGGCUUUAGUCUGCGGGAUACAGUCCGAGGUGGAGUUGAUCGAUUGAGACAUCACUCCAAGGGCUGAGUUCGGAUACUACACUGUCAAUACAUUAUUGACUGGAUUAUACUUUGGGUGGUUCUCAUAGACAAUGUCUGUCAUGAACCUGGCCGUUUACCGCGUGGGUUCGGUAACUUGGAGUUU